AUGGCAUCUCCGUUCCACAUCUCUCGGCACGAACAGGUCGAGCUAGAGCGCAAUGAAGCCUUCCGAGUAAUGCGCGAACAAUUACGUCGCCAAGAAUGCGGUAUGGAGCGACCGAGUUUCUGCGCAGGCCACCGACACUCCUGCACCUCCACCGAACAAGAAACCUUCCGCCUCCACCGCGACAUCAUCCACACCCUUCUCGUCCCGCUCUUCCUAAUCAACCACCAAGCCGAGCGCAUUGCAGCACGCACCCUCCCGAGCCAGAAAGGCGCCGAGCCCGAACGCGCAUUCCGCGGUGAAGCCCGCAGCGCCUUCGCCUGGCUGAACUGCAUCCUCACCGAAGAACACGACUGGUACCUUACAGCCCGCUGCCCAGCCUGCAUCGUCCAGCACGUGCUGCACUCGGAGCCGACCAUCCGAUUCGUCGCGGUCGCCUCGCAGCUCGCAGGUCCACGUUCCGGAUUCCAGUGCUGGCUGAACGCCCUCGAGACCGCCGUCUGCGAAGAUCCCUUCUGGGGCGAUGCCUUCUGGCCGGAUAUUGAGGAGCGCGCCUCUCGUCUGACUGACGGCGUGCAAGAGCUCGUUCGCCAGUGCUAUGAGCUCAGCGCGACGCUCGACAACCCGGCUCGGGUUAGCCCGUCUCUCGCCAAGACUCCCAUGCCUGUCUACGGCAGUCGCUCCGCCUCCUGCACAAUCCCCCUGAAGCCAUCUAGUUUCGCGCGGAAACAGGUCCGUCUGACGCGGGAGGAGCAGAGAUACCGCUCCUCGCUUUUGUGGAAUUGCUCGCAGGAGAUGACACAGCCGCUGGCCGGCUGCACUACUGCGACCCAGUCGCGGCGCCGGUCGCUGACCUCAUGA